AUGGAUGGUAUCGAAAGAGAGUUUAGUUAUGCUAGACCAGAACUCUACUCAGAUUCUGAUUCGCCGCAGGAGAAAAUGGUAGAAGAAGUAGCCGAUUCAGACACGGGUAAUAAUCAGAUAGUGUUGUGGCAGAACACUACUAAAACUACGGAAACUGAGGCUGAGGAGGAGGAGAACCAGCCAUUGCCACCCGUGAGAAUGUUCUUUGAGCAGCAGUCAGAUGUUGAAUGGUGGACUAUGGAUGGUGCGGAGUGGUGCUUGAUCAAACUUGAUGCUAGGGAUCCACAUCAAUCCACUUUCAUCAAGGUGGAGGUGGAAAUGGCCAAGGGUGGCCAGCUGGUUCUGGCCGCGGAUGAAGACAUCCCGGUCGCGAAAGAGUCUAGUUUCCGUAACACUUAAAAUCAGACGAUUUGGAGCCGUGAGCUAGGAGAUAUCGCCACCGGAAGGAACACAUGUCUCCCGGCCCGAUCAGGACUUACGCGAUGCGCCUCAAAGAACCGACGAGACGGGGGCUUUGCCGACGUCAUACGGGUUCAACCAGGAUUUCUCGACAACCAUAUUCCACUUAACCGUAAUUCAGUUGAUACUUUCAGAAUUCCAAAGUUUAAAUUUGCUUACGAGUUUAAAGCUUGAGAUGUUUUGAAAGAAAUGGAGCUGACUUCACCGUUUAGCCCUGGAGGUAAUCUAACCGAGAUGGUUGAUUCGUCUUCCAAGGGUGACAAUCUGUACGUCUCAAACAUUCUUCAUAAAGCUUGCAUUGAAGUGGAUGAAGAAGGAACUGAAGCUGCAGCCGUCUCUGUUGCCAUCAUGAUGCCCAUGUGUUUGAUGCAGAAGCGAUUCGUAGCUGACCAUCCAUUAGUAUUCACAGUGAGAGAAGACAAGAGUGGAGUGAUUUUGUUCAUGGGUCAAGUUCUUGAUCCUUUAAAACAUUGA